CAGCCCGCCCUCUCGCCGCGUCGCCGGUGCCCGAGCUGCUCGCUCCAGCUCGCUUCUCCUCUCCCGGAGGAGGCCCGGGGGACCCCCAGCGGGAAGCGGGGACCAUGUUCCGACGUAAGCUGACAGCUCUUGAUUACCACAACCCUGCCGGCUUCAACUGCAAAGAUGAAGCAGAGUUUAGAAACUUUAUUGUCUGGCUUGAAGACCAGAAAAUAAGACACUACAAGAUUGAAGAUAGAGGUAAUUUAAGAAACAUCCACAGCAGUGACUGGCCCAAGUUCUUUGAAAAGUAUCUCAAAGAUGUUAACUGUCCUUUCAAGAUCCAGGAUCGACAAGAAGCAAUUGACUGGCUUCUUGGGUUAGCUGUUCGACUUGAAUAUGGAGAUAAUGCUGAAAAGUACAAGGACUUAGUAGCUGAUAAUGCAAAAAAUACUGACAAUGCAACAAAAAAUGCAGAGCCAUUGGUCAAUUUGGACGUAAAUAAUCCUGAUUUUAAGGCUGGUGUAAUGGCUUUGGCUAACCUUCUUCAGAUUCAGCGUCAUGAUGAUUACCUGGUAAUGCUUAAGGCAAUUCGCAUUUUGGUUCAGGAGCGCCUAACACAGGAUGCAGUUGCUAAAGCAAAUCAAACAAAAGAGGGAUUGCCUGUUGCUUUAGACAAACAUAUUCUUGGUUUUGACACAGGAGAUGCAGUUCUUAAUGAAGCUGCUCAGAUUCUGCGACUGCUGCAUAUAGAAGAGCUCAGAGAGCUACAGACAAAAAUUAAUGAAGCCAUAGUAGCUGUGCAGGCAAUUAUUGCGGAUCCAAAGACAGACCACAGACUAGGGAAAGUUGGAAGAUGAACAUUUCAAGCUUUCAGCUUCUUAAUCUUCUUAGUACAGUUGGGAACCAUGUACACUUCUGGCAUGCAUUUGGAAAUCAAAUGUCACAUUUUUGAGGGGGAAAUCCUGGAAAAUUGACUGUUAUGUAGAUUCACCACCAUUGCUUUGUUUCUUUUAAUAAAGUUUAGGAAAGUGGCA